GUAUAAAUAUUAAUUUUUAAGCCACCUAAUUGUUUAAGCCUGUCCAUAUUGAAAUGGCUCAGAUAUUAUUUUCAUUGUUUGUUGUUACAUCAGUAAUUCUCACCGCACAAUGCGAGGAUGUUCAAGAAGGAUGGAGAAAUGGAUAUGAUCAUUUUUGGCCAUAUGCUGUUUCGAUUCAAUAUAGUCCCGAUGGAUCCAAAUACGAUCAUGUUUGUACGGGAAGUAUUAUUAAAACUAAAUAUAUUUUAACAUCCGCUAGUUGUUUUGAUAAAUUAAGCAAUGAUGGAAAAGUGGCUGUAAAUGUUGGAGUUAAAGAACAUCACGAUGAAAAAGGACAGUUUAUCAAUGUUCAAAACGUGUUACUACACCCUUCAUAUAACAAAGAAGAUCCACUUAAGAAAUUUGAUAUUGCUUUACUCGAAUUGACGGAUCCAAUCGAAUUUAUGCGUACUGUACAAGCUAUCAAGCUUCCAGAAAAAGUUUUACCACCAAAUGAAAUAGGAGAAUUAGUUGGUUGGAAUGGAUUAACUUCGAAAACUCAAAAAACUGUAACCGAUAAAAUUUAUAUUGCUUCUGUGAAAAUUACAUCCCGAAACGAUUGCAGAAAAACCUACCCUGAUUUAACUGACGAUCAAUUUUGUAUUGGGGGAGUAAAUACACUAGAAGCUCCAUGUAAAGGAACUCCUGGUAUUCCAUAUGGACAAGCUACCGAGGAUGGUUGGACAAUUGCAGGUCUUGCAUCAAUUUGGCCAGAAACCUGUGAUAGACCUGCACUAUUUACGACAGUCAGUUCAUAUUUAGAUUUUAUACUAGAAGCUUUGAAUAACAAUACUGAAGAAGAUUAUGAUUAUUAAA